CGAUCUUCUCGUUUGGAUUUGUUUGAGAAUUCGACGCAGUUCGUGAAUCGUAGAGCAGUGUAUGUAACUGAAAACAACGCGUCUGACUCUGAAUGUUAAACCUUUAAGAACACGCAGCUGUUUGUGAGUCUUCGAAGUGGAGAUAUGGCUACACUGAAUGAUAUAGCAGUUGGAGCAGCUAUAAAUAUUCUUAGUGCAUUUGCAUUUUUUAUUGCAUUUGCCAUACUCCGGAUUCAGCCGGUCAACGACAGGGUCUAUUUUCCGAAAUGGUAUCUUAAAGGCUUAAGGUUCAGCCCAUUGCGCGGAGGCGCAUUCAUAAACAAGUUUGUCAAUUUGGACUUCAGGUCCUACGUCAGGUUUCUCAACUGGAUGCCCGCCGCACUACAAAUGCCGGAACCCGAGCUCAUCGAUCAUGCAGGACUAGACUCUGCUGUUUACUUGAGAAUUUACCUUACUGGGCUUAAGAUUUUUACUCCGAUCGCAUUCCUUUCUUUUGCAAUCAUGGCUCCAGUCAAUUGGACCAAUGACACCUUGAAGGGUUCAAAUUUAACAUAUAGCGAUGUAGAUAAGCUGUCUAUUUCUAACAUUCCUAUUGGAUCACGGAGAUUCUGGACACACUUGGUCAUGGCUUAUGCUUUUACCUUUUGGACAUGCUACAUACUCAAAAAGGAAUACGAGAAAGUUGCAUCGAUGAGGUUGCAUUUCCUUGCCUCGGAACAUCGGCAACCUGAUCAGUUCACUGUACUUGUCAGAAAUGUUCCGCCAGAUCCUGAUGAAUCUGUUAGCGAGAACGUGGAACACUUUUUUUUGGUCAACCAUCCUGAUCACUACCUUACUCAUCAGGUCGUUUACAAUGCGAACAAACUUUCCCAUUUAGUCAAUGAGAAGAAAAAGACGCAGAAUUGGCUUGAUUUUUAUCAACUUAGAUUCUCCAGAAAUGAAUCUAAAAGGUCAAUGGUAAAGACAGGUUUCCUUGGUCUAUUUGGAAACAGGAUGGACGCCAUCGAUUUCUAUACAUCAGAAAUUGAGAGACUGUCAAAAGAAAUAUCCUUUGAGAGAGACCGGAUAUCGAAGAAUCCUAAAUCCGUCGUGCCAGCGGCAUUUGUGUCUUUCAAGACUCGAUGGGGUGCUGCUGUUUGUGCACAAACUCAACAAAUGAGAAAUCCAACUAUAUGGUUGACUGAAAGGGCUCCAGAACCCCGUGAUAUAUAUUGGGAUAAUCUAUCAAUCCCGUAUGUUUCGCUGGCAAUAAGAAGGCUCAUUAGUGGUGUCGCCUUCUUCUUCCUUACCUUCUUCUUCAUGAUUCCAAUUGCAUUUGUACAGUCCCUCGCAAAUAUAGAGGGCAUUGAGAAAGCAGUCCCCUUCCUGAAGCCCAUUAUUGAAUUGAAUUUUAUGAAGUAUGUUAUACAAGGGUUCCUUCCGGGAAUUGCAUUGAAGAUUUUUCUUAUUUUUCUACCUUCGAUAUUGAUGCUAAUGUCCAAAUUUGAAGGAUUUAACAGCAUUUCAGCUCUUGAGAGAAGAUCUGCUACUAGAUAUUACAUUUUCCAAUUUAUUAAUGUAUUUCUCGGGAGCAUAAUUACCGGAACUGCAUUUCAACAACUGGAUACUUUUAUACACCAAUCUGCAAAUAAAAUCCCAGAAACGAUUGGCGUCUCUAUUCCUAUGAAGGCAACUUUCUUUAUAACCUAUACAAUGGUUGAUGGAUGGGCUGGCGUUGCUGGGGAGAUUCUAAGAUUGAAACCGCUAAUAAUUUAUCACUUUAAGAAUUUCUUCUUGGUGAAGACCGAAAAGGACAGAGAAGAGGCAAUGGAUCCAGGAAGCCUUGGUUUCAACACUGGAGAACCUCAAAUCCAACUUUAUUUCUUGCUUGGCCUCGUUUACGCAGUGGUGACUCCGGUCCUACUUCCUUUCAUUAUAGUGUUCUUUGCUCUGGCAUAUGUUGUGUAUCGUCAUCAGAUUAUAAAUGUCUACAAUCAAGAGUAUGAGAGUGCUGCGGCGUUCUGGCCUGAUGUCCACAGGCGCAUAAUAACCGCCCUUGUUGUUUCACAGCUGCUACUCAUGGGGUUGUUAAGUACAAAAGAAGCAACUCAAUCAACUCCAUUGCUCAUAACGCUCCCAGUCUUGACCAUAUGGUUCCAUUUUUUCUGCAAAGGCCGUUAUGAACCCGCUUUCGUGACCUAUCCCUUGCAGGAAGCAAUGAUGAAAGACACACUGGAACGCGCAAGAGAACCGAAUCUGAACCUGAAAGGUUUCCUCCAAAACGCCUACGUCCACCCAGUUUUCAAGGGUGAGGACGACAGCGACAGCGAUGCGGCUACAGAAGACUUGAAGGAGGAGCCUGCGAUCGUGCCAACGAAACGUCAAUCUCGAAGAAACACACCAUUACCUAGCAAGCAGAGCGGGCCAUUAAACCCCUUAUUGCCUGAAGUUGAUCAUGAUUAUUAAACAUGCAUCUUCUUCAUCAUCAUUUCUGUACAUUUUCUAUUUCUGGGGUUAAAACUCUUGUUCAGGUGAGAUUGUAAAUUUACAGAAAACGGUAAGCGAGGAUAGUUAUUUCACUUUGUAGUGGAAAAAUAUAGAGCGCAGAGUUUUUUAUAGCAACGCAACACAGAGAGAGAGCAUGGCUUGUAAGAGAGGCUCUUUGGUCACUGUUUAGUAGCUUUUUCCCUGAAACUGACAGUUUUCCAAUUCCAUAUCCCAAAUUUUAAUUUAUUUUCAAAACUAUGAACCAAAAAAUCGAAAA